CCCUAGCCUCCUUUUACUUCAUCGCCUUGCCCCUAUAAAAUCCGCCCGCCUCGCUUCCUCCCCCCAACCACUCCAUCUCCUCGCCGCCAUCGCCUACCAGGAAACCCUCCUCCUCGCCAGAUUCGCUUACUCCCGGUCCGCCGCAUCCCCAACCCGAGGUAGCAGCAGCAUCUGUUUUGCUGCAAUCUGACAAAGUGGAGGGCUUAGAAGGUGAAGCUUCUUUUAUGUCUGAACAAGCAUCGGUUUAUUUGGGAUCAGUUGGAUUGCUGGGAGAGUAUUCUCGUUCAACGAGAAAAAGGCACAAGUUUCUUCUCCCCUGCAUGCAUCAAGAGCCCAUUAGGCUUUCUGGUUCUGAGAGGUCACUUGCCCCUACCAGUGCUAGUCAGCUCACUUUUCUUGAAGGACCAGCAGCUACUCUUUCUUCUGAAUUUUGUCACAUCUGAUAGCAUCUGCCGCAGAAGAAAAGCUUGAUCCAAAAUGGCGCUGCAGAACAUUGGUGCUUCAAACAAGGAUGAUGCCUUCUACAGGUACAAGAUGCCCCGGAUGUUGACCAAAAUAGAAGGCCGUGGUAAUGGCAUCAAGACAAAUAUCGUUAACAUGGUUGAUAUAGCAAAAGCACUUGCCAGGCCUGCUUCCUACACAACCAAGUACUUUGGGUGCGAACUUGGGGCACAAUCAAAAUUUGAUGAGAAGACAGGAAUCUCCUUGGUUAAUGGUGCUCAUGACACGUCAAAGCUUGCUGGUCUUCUGGAGAACUUCAUUAAGAAGUAUGUUCAGUGUUAUGGUUGUGGCAACCCUGAGACAGAGGUCCUCAUCUCUAAGACCCAGAUGAUAACUCUGAAAUGUGCUGCCUGUGGCUUCCUUUCGGAUGUUGACAUGAGGGACAAGCUCACUACAUUCAUCCUGAAGAAUCCACCAGAACAGAAGAAGGGAGGCAAAGACAAGAAAGCUAUGCGAAGGGCUGAGAAGGAGAGGCUCAAAGAAGGCGAGGCUGCUGAUGAGGAGAUGAAGAAACUCAAAAAGGAUGCAAAGAAGAAAGGUGGGUCUUCCAAGGAGAGUACUGCAAAAGGUGUUUCAAAGAAAAAGGCUGGUGGUGGUUCUGAUGAAGAACAUGCAACCUCACCAACUCACAGUAGAGAUGCUGACUUUGCAGCUUCUGCAGAUGAUGACGACGACAAUGAUGUGCAGUGGGCGACUGACACAUCUGCAGAGGCUGCGAAAAAACGCAUGCAGGAGCAGCUGAGUGCAGCAACUGCUGAAAUGGUUAUGCUUGCCACUGAGGAGACAGAGAAGAAGAAGAAACAGACCCUGCAGAAAGAGGCUAGUGCUAAUGGUAACGGGGCAGCAAAGGAUAAAGAUGAUUCCAAUGGCAAUCAGACUGGGGCCAAGGCCACUCCUUAUGAUGAUCUGGUUGAAGAGAUCAAAGCUACCUUGGGCAAUGCCGCCACAACAGCUCAGCUCAAGACUCUGCUGUCCUCCUCAGCCCUGUCCCCCAAGGAAGUGAUGGAUGCUCUCUUUGAGGCGCUCUUUCACGGUGUGGGCAAGGGAUUCGCCAAGGACGUCUUGAAGAACAAGAAGUUCCUCGCUGCUGCAGUGCCUGAUGAAGAUGCUCAGAUGCUCCUACUCCAGACUAUUGAGGCUUUCUGUGGCAAGUGCAGUGCUGAAGCCCUGAAGGAGGUCCCAGUCGUCCUGAAGGCCCUCUACGAUGGAGACGUCCUGGAUGAAGAAACCAUAGUGCAGUGGUACAACGAGGCUGUUGCUGCCGGUAAGAACUCCCAGGUCGUGAAGAACGCCAAGCCAGUGGUGGAGUGGCUCCAGAGCGCCGAAUCCGACGAGGAGUGAAGAUGUACCACUAUAGCCUACUGCUUGCUUGAAGUGUCCUUCGUUUGAGUUUUCAAGUUUCAGUCGUUGUCUUUGGUGUUUUGAGUGUCAGUAUCUGCGUUUGAGUUAUUUGGUUGGUUUUCUGUAUCCAGUCAGUUAAAACACUACUUAUGUCUGGUGUGCGUGUGGUGUUUAUGCUUUCAACUGCCCUUCGAUGAACUACUUACGUUGAAGACAUUUUCUAUGAAAUGUUGUGAUAUAUAGUGCGAGCCAAUUUGUGUUGCA